GCCCGGCACGUCUCAUCACGGCCCAAUCAACGGCCGAGAUCGGGACACGUCACCCGUUCCCUCGGCUCAUCCCGUUCCCCCACGACCUUCGCGAACCACCCCCAUCACCCAUCACCGUUCCCUCGUGCCCAUAGAUUCCCUCUCUCCCCCCUUCCCCAUGGCUACCCUUUCGAAUCACCUCUAGGGUUAAGGUUAGGGUUAGGGUUAGGGUUUGGGUUUGGGUUUGGAGUUCCGCUCUUCAAUGGCGUCCGAACUCAAGGUCCUCGGCGGCGGUGACGCUAACGGAUCCGCCGACGCCCACGAGGACUGCCCCGGCCUCGGCGGCGGCGGCGGAGGAGACAGUGGGGCGAAGGACGAGAGGCCGCUCCUGAAGCCGAACCCCUCCUCCUCCUCCUCCAAUGGCGGCGGCGGCGCCGCCGCCGCCGCCGCCGCCGCAGUGAUCGCCGAGAGCGUGGAGGAGCUCAACAAGAAGUACGGGCCCUACGUGCGGCGGGACACGUACGGGACGAUGGGGCGCGGCGAGCUCCCCGCGGCGGAGAAGCUCCUCCUCGCGAUCGCGAUGGUGACGCUGGUGCCGCUGAGGUUGGUGCUCGGGAUCGUUGUUCUGGUGGUGUACUACUUGAUCUGCCGAGUAUGUACGCUGUUCUCCGUUCCGAAUCGCGAGGAUGGGCAAGAGGAUUACGCCCACAUGGUGGGGUGGAGGAGGGAGGUGGUGGUCCGAUCGGGGCGGUUCCUCUCGAGGGUGAUGCUCUUCGUCUUUGGGUUCUGUUGGAUCCGCGAGUACGAUUUGAGGUCGGAGGAUGAGCGCGGAGAGCUGUCUGAGGAAUCAGAAAGACCAGGCGUAAUUGUAUCUAAUCACAUAUCUCAUCUGGAUAUUCUCUAUCAUAUGUCUUCUUCCUUUCCAAGUUUUGUUGCAAAGAGAUCGGUGGCUAGGCUUCCCUUAGUUGGUCUUAUCAGCAAAUGCCUUGGUUGCGUCUAUGUUCAGCGAGAAUCUAAAACUUCUGACUUCAAAGGUGUUUCAGGUGUUGUGACAGAGAGAAUUCGAGAGGCCCAUGAAAACAAGCUUAGUCCAAUGAUGUUGCUCUUUCCUGAGGGCACAACAACAAAUGGGGGGUAUCUUCUUCCAUUCAAGACUGGUGCUUUCUUAGCAAAGGUCCCAGUGCUUCCAGUAAUUCUAAGAUAUCCUUACAAAAGAUUCAGUCCAGCAUGGGAUUCCAUAUCUGGGGUGCGGCAUGUGUUUUUGCUUCUUUGUCAAUUCGUCAAUCAUAUUGAGGUGAUCCGUCUGCCUGUAUAUUAUCCUUCAGAGCAAGAAAAAGAGGACCCCAAACUCUAUGCUAACAAUGUCCGGAGACUGAUGGCUACUAAGGGUGAUUUGAUCCUUUCAGAUCUUGGGCUGGCCGAGAAGAGAGUCUACCAUGCUGCGCUGAAUGGUAAUUGUCUACCUCGUGUAUUACAUCCGAAAGAUGAAUGAAAAAUCUCCUGACCUGGCGCACAGGAUCAGUACAAAACAGUUUGAUAUGUCAAAGCUAGUUUGGUGUGUGUGCUCUGUAUAUUCUCCUUAGUUCUAUUAAAAGAAUCAAAAGAACAGGGAAAAAGAAGAAAAAAAAAAAAGAAACAGCAUGUGACAAUUGAGUUAUUGUUCUUUUGGUACCCUUAUGAGCCCUUCUCUCAAACAUUCUUAGGGAACUUUCAUGAGCGAUGAUAAUGUGAUAUUCCUUAGUCGGAGAGUUCCAAUUAGGGAGGGAAAAUAUUUAUCUCCAAAACUUAGAUUUUAUUUUGCUGCUGAGGGGAGUUGUUGGUGAGAUUAUUCUGUCAAAGCUUAUGUUUAAUGCAUUAAAUUUAUUUGAUUUAUUGUUGUUC